UAGACUGCGUACACAUGGAGGCUUGAGAUGUUGGCGUGCAGCGUGUUAGUCAAGUGUCUCUAAUAAACGCCGGUUUUAAUCUGGUUUAUGGCCUGGUCAGUUUAAAGAUAUCCCCAGUGGCGGGCGGCACAGUGGUGUUGUGGUUAGUGCUGUCACCUCGCAGCAAGAGGGUCCGGGUUCGAGCCCUGUGGCCGGCGAGGGCCUUUGUGUGGAGUUUGCAUAUUCUCCCCGUGUCCGCGUGGGUUUCCUCUGGGUGCUCCGGUUUCCCCCACAGUCCAAAGACAUGCAGGGUGUGAGGAAAUGUACACCACUUCAUGCUGAUGUGGAGUUCAUGGCAAGAUCAUCAAUGGAGUAGCAGUGAAUGGAGUGAAAUACCAAUGAACGGUGAAGGCUGUGGUCUAAGUGUGCCAAGCCCAGCGCUGGCAGGGUAUUUGGGAAAUGCUGAGAAUCGAGGAGUGGUAAGUGGAGCCUGCCCUUGGUGUUCCGCAAAAGGACAAAUAAAUGUUCUUCGCUCAUACGCAUUCAACUUUAAAGAGUCCAUCAUGCUCUGUACUAGUCCACUGUGUCUCUUUCCUUUAGUUAGCAGGCCAUUGGACAAUAUCCGUGGAUUCCUUUCUUCAUCUCAGGACAUAGAAGGGUGCAAGAGGAAGUUUUAUCUCGCAUCAGAGUACAAAAACCCUAAUCUUUCUCCCAAGCGUUGGAAGAAAGAGGAUCUGGAUAUUGUGUCUAAUGUGGAUGCUGGUGAUUGCAGAGUGUUUGCCAAGUCAAUUGAGAAGGGACUGUUAAUUAAUGAUCUCAAGAAGCAGCAUGAAUUUGAGAACGCUGACCAGAGUACGGAGGCCUUUCAUGUCACUAGUGGGGAUUCAGGAUUGUCUGAUAUGCAAAUCAAAGUUCCUGUAUCUAGCAGUCAGGACAAAAUAUCAGAGGUACCCCCAAUGGAUGUAACUGUGCAAGGUUUGAUGGUACCUACUCAGCAGCAUUUGUUUUGGAGAAAUAAGGAUAACUUGUGUUGGUUAGAUUCAUUGCUUGUGGCACUUGUACACUCUAGGAUACUUGCAGAAGCUUCUUGUGAGAAUGUAUGCUUGACUGACAAUUUCCCCUGCAAAAAUUAUACUGUCAAGAACUUGUGUGCAACGUACAAGAAAUCAUAUGCACAUAUGAAAGCCAAGGAGCAACAGUGCCAUGAUAACAUUGUACGAGUGCCUUCUGAUGACCUGCAGAAAGUAGAGCACGAGCUGGAAGCCUUUCGGAUGUCUGCCUUCCGGUUCCUCCAGCCAAAGCUUCAGUGUGAAUUGGGUCAGAAGGAGAUGCCUGUCUUUGCCCUCCCUCUUCUCCUAAGGUCAGAUGACUGGGCAAAUAAUCUUUUCCAGCAUACAGGCCAGUGGGAAUUUAGGUGCACAUGCUGUGGAUACAAUUUAAAUACAAGCAUGGAGAAGACUGUAACAACAUUUACACGGAUCAUGGCUGAUUGGCACCCACUCAGAGCAGUCCACAAAGCACAGUGCUGCCGCUGUCAUAACAAGAACCAGAAAAGGAAAUUGGUCCUGCAGAGAAUUUCUUCAGUGCUUGCACUACACUUUGUGGAGGGACUACCACAGAGAGAUAUCUCCAAGUAUGCAUUUGAUUUCCAUGGCGCACACUACAACAUCAGAACAAUUAUACAAUACAAUGAACAUGAUGAGCAUUUUGUCACAUGGAUCCAUCAACCAGAUGGGUUAUGGUUAGAAUUUGAUGAUUUGAAGUACCCCAACUGCAUAACCCACAGGAGGCUUACACUCCCAGCCAGUCAGUUCCACCUCAUCUUCUGGGAGGCAUGCUCUAAAGAGGAGUCCCAGCUUCCUGAUCCUCUCCCUGAUAACACCCCUACUCUAGGGACGAGUAAGGUGAUUGAUGUUUUUCAAGAUGUACCUAAUUCUGAACCAGAUAACACAUGCAUCAUAAAGACCUUGACUGGAAAUGAAGACAAUGAGGCUGCCAGUACCUGCAAUUCUUCAAUAGACAGUACAACACUUUCUGAUACUUUUGAGGGCCUUUUGCAUAGUGAUAUUGUCACCCUUACACUGGUUGAGGUCAAAGCAGGUGCUGAAGAAAACCCUCUCCCAAAUUUGCAGGAAAUGCUAAUAAGGCCAGUCAAGUCUUGUGUCACAGAAGCAUUUCAUCUACUAGAAAAAAGCACUUAUCCUCCUUGCAGUGAAAAAAACAAGUUAGGUGACGCUAAGGAAGUUUCACAUGCACCAGACGUGAUUCUUCCCUCAGAGGUAAAAGCAUCACAAUCAGUAGACCCCCCAAAAGUGAGCAAGUGUCCACCUGCCCUCCACUCUUCAAACCCCAAUGUCUCCAAGCCAUCGUUAUGUCGUCAGCAGCCUUCCCACCAGUCCACACCAUUAAGAGUACCCCUUCAUGCUAUGCGUCCCAAAGUUGACCCAAGAUUUUAUGGCAACGAGGCUGUCCUGGCCAAGCCUGCUGAGCUCUAUGGUGGAUACAGAACAAAGAAUUCACCAAAUCCAGUUUUACUUGGAGAACAUUUAAGUCCUCCAUUUGUGAAACUGCCCACUGUUCCACAAAAAACAUUCAGCUGCCCUGGUGGGAUAACCUCUGUAGGUCCAGUUUCCACUGUGAUAAAAUCUGCUAGCCAGAACAACUCAAAGAUGGUCUUAUCCACUGAAGCUCUCAGACUGAAACUGAUGAAAAGGUUAAAGGCCAAGAAGAAGAAGCUGGCAAAGUUAAAUCAGCUGCUUAGUCUAGAGGAAGGCGAGUCUACUCCCAGGCCAGACAGCACGGCUGUUUCUUCACCAUACUCUGUCACCUCCAGUACAUCAGCCUAUGAUAGCCCAGCAUUUGAUAAUUUCUUUGCUGAGAUUCUGUCUCCGGACAUGAGUGCUGGCAACCUGUCACCUGAUAGCACAGGUCUCUUGGAGAUAUUAACCAACAUCCAGAGUGCUGGGGCAUCAGAAAGCAGCUCUCAGAAGAAUUCAGCCCCAGCUUCGAAUCUUCCAGUUCCUCUUCUUAAUGGCACAUCCAGUGAUGACUUUCUUGAUGAAUUAAUCUCUGGAUCAAGGGAGCAACAAUCUGUAAUUGAGAGUGCUGAACUUAAUGCUUUGGAUAUAUUCUUUUGAUCACUGUUUUUAUGUUCUUUGUCCUUUGGACUAAUAUACAAUCUGGGAAGUUAAAAUUACGAAUUAAAGAUCUUGUCUCAUAGAUGGUAUGGAUUUCAUUAGUAUAUAAAAACAAGAUGUUCUUGGCUCAACUGAACUGCCAAUGUGAUUACUUUGUAUCUUCCAUCCAACUUGAAAAAAACAGAUUCUGUAUCAGCAGUCAAGGGCUGAUUCUAGUAGAGGCAAAUACAACUUAAAGUAAUACGUACAGGAUUGUGUAUAUUUGAAGUUUAUGUUUCUCUCUCCAGACCAUGCACAAAAUGCAGCAGAUUUUUGUAAAGCAAAAUAAACUAGAAUAUUUCCUUA